CUGAGCCACUAACUACUUCGUUAGCUUGCUAAGUAAAGUCUUUGAAAAGGCUACAUAAAAGCUAAAUUGCACGUUUUUUAAUGGUGUAGCUAAACUGCUGAGAUUUCAUUGACGUUAUUAUUACAUUAUGGAUGUUUUGCGUCCACAACUUAUAAAUAUAAAUGGGAGAAAAUAUCGAAGAAACAUCAUUAAAGAAGAGCAUUAUGAGGAGGAGGAGGAUUUCUCCUACAUGGGACCACCAGAGAGUGAGGAGCUUGCAGAAGAUGAAUCCUGUGAUACACACUUAAUUGAACAGACUGAUAAAGGAUUUCGCUGUGCCAUUGAUGUCCCAAGUGUCCUGUACAAAUACAUCAUAGGGAAAAAAGGAGAAACACGUAGACGUCUGGAGUCUGACACAAAGACAUCUAUCAACAUCCCAAAACAAGGCAUAGAAGGACAGAUUGUUAUCACAGGUUCCCACAAAGCCGCGGUCUCCUCUGCAGUCACACGAGUUGAGGUCCUCAUUGAGAGUUUCCGGAAAAAGCAGCCCUUUACGCACUUCCUGUCAUUUCCUCUAAAUGACCCCAAAAUUCAAGAGGGAUUCCUGAAAUUUAAAGAUGACGUCAUGCAGCAGUGUUCACAGGACCACGGAGUCGAUGAAAGCAUCUUUCAGAACCCUGCAAAGCUUCACCUGACAGUCGGCACCCUGGUUCUAUUAAAUGACAUGGAAGUGAGAAAAGUGUGUGAGCAUCUUCAGGACUGUCAAAACUUCAUCAGGGACAUCACAGAAGGAAAGCCUCUGCCUUUGGAGGUGACAGGUAUAGAGUAUAUGAAUGAUGACCCAGCCAUGGUGGAUGUCUUAUAUGCCAAAGUCAAUGUGAAAGACAGAACUGACAAGCUGCAGGUGAUUGCAGACCGGCUGGUAGAGCACUUUGUUUCAGCAGGGCUGAUGGUCAGAGAGUGGGACAGAGUCAAGUUGCACGGCACUGUGAUGAACACACUGUUCAGAAAGGACUCCACAGUUGAAGACACGGGCGGCCAAGGAAGACAACCUAUGAGCGAAAGAGAGGCUUUUGAUGCCAGGAACAUAUUAAAGACAUUUGGUGCUUAUCGUUUCGGAGAGUUUGAGCUGAAUACUGUCUUGCUGUCCCAGAGAUAUUCAACAGACUGCACAGGAUACUACUCCUCUGCUGGAAGCAUCAACUUCUCUUGAGGUCAUCGAUGAGCAUGGCAGCGGGAUGAGAAGUGCUCAGUGUGGCCGGCUGAUGAAGAAACUCUCUGAUGUCAGGACAGUUUCCUUCAGAUUUGUACAAGCUGAACAUGAAUGGAUUUAAUAUCAAAGUGCCAUUGCAUAUUUAUUGACUGUUUUUGCUGAAUUAAAACAGUUAAAAUGACACUUGUUUCUGUUGUGUUUGGCAGAAAUAAAUAAAUGUGUAAAGCAGCCAUCCCUUAGACUGUUAAAAUGAAGCGUGGUGCCAAAAAUUCCUGAAGCGAUCCUCACAGAGUUGCCAUAUGAGGAUAUGUACAGCCACGAUAAACAGCAACGCUAUUGUAAGACAGCAAAGGGAUGUGCUGUGUUUACUGUUGGAACACAGCAAACAUUCACAGAUAAGCAACAAUUCAAAUUUUGCUGCACAGUCUUGUCUGGUGUUAUUCAAAUGAAGCUUUUCUACCCUCAACUCCUUUUGUGUAAAGUGAUUGCGCUCGGUGAACAGAAUAGAUAAGUUUUAUCAACAUCUGCUUGGAGAGAAACAGAGAGAAACUGAUGACAUCAGUUAAUCCCUUUUACAAUUAAAGGCACUCUUCCACAGCGUGACUCCGAUAUGCAGAAGGAGAUGUUAAACAAGCUGUGGAGCUGCUUCUAUGUUGAAAAUAGAAUAUGCCUGCACAUCACGUCUGUUUCUUGGAUGUGUGUUGGUGUAGUUUUGGUCAAAUAAACUCAAACAUUACUCCUGAAGCAAUCCUCACGGGGCUGUUAAUCAUGUGAGAAUGUGCUCAGACUCGAUAAGGAUAUAAAAAUACAAAAAUGAAAGUCAAGUCAAGCAUUAAAGCCAACUGGAGGAGACAUUUAAAUUUUUUUUUAAUUAAUUUGAUUCUGUUAAAGAGGAUCUGUCUUGUGAAACUUUGGGGUUAAUCUCAGCUCACAAACAUAGCUCACAUUCAAAUGGAGUCAUGUUGCUAUGGUAAUUAAUGCUGCAGAUUAAACCUGCAUCAGUUUAUUUUUCUUCAGGUAUCAAAUUAUAAUGGAAAAGCCACAAUGAAAAACACAU